AUUAAUUUUUGGAAAUUUAAUUAAAACAAAAGAAAGCUCUCUUUUUUAUAUUUUGGAAAUCAAUUAUUCUUUCGAGAGUUUAUCCAUUAAAUGAUUAAGAAAACUUGUUCAAAUAAACCAAAAAAAGUUUAAGAUUUACCUGUUUUGUAGCAGUUUGCAUCUAUUAUAAGAAACGAUGAUCUUUAAGUUUAGAUUGAAGCUGAUAAAUAUUAUUAGCAUAAUAUUGAGAAUUAAUGGUCUAAUUAUAGCGAUAGCUCUUCGUCAGAUAUUAGUUUAGAAACUUCAUAAAAACUAAGCUUUUUAGAUACAAAGGAUUAAGAAAGUAAGAAAAUAGAAUAAUAUGAUAAAGAGAAAAGUAAGAUAGAUAAUAAGAAAAUUAUAAGAUUUGGAACGAGAUAAGAAGAAAAUGAAGAAAGCAAAAGGAGAACAAGAUAGAGAUCUUACAAUGAAGAUGAAGAGGAUCAAUAAUCAAAAGAACUUUAUUUUUCUAUUACUGGAAAAAAUCCUCUGUAGUAAAAUGUGAUUCAGAAGAAAAGAAACAUGAAAGAUAUUGUGGAUAAUUCUUUACAAACAUCACAUCAUAUAAAAAACUAAUCUUUUAAAUGGAGUACGAAUUUAAAAUACCCAUCAAAUACUUUUAAAAAAGGGAUGAUCAAUGCAUAAGAUAAACAGGCUUUGAAUUAAUAAAAUUUGAAACAAAAAAAUAAUUUUUAGAUCUAAUAAGACUUUAAAUAAUAGCAAAAUAUUUAUGAAAGUAUUACACAGAAUGGUUGUGAUUAAUAAAGCAUUUCAUAGAUGUUUGAAUCUUUUGAAAAUUUUGCCAAUAUUUAAUAUUAUAUUUAAGAUACAUAGAAAAGAUAGUAAGAAAAAAAAGAUAAUGUUUUAACCCAUCAGAUUAUGAAGCAUUUUAAGUAAUUAGAUAAAGGAAGUUUUGGCAAAGUUGAUUUAUACUUCAUUGAAAUAGAUUACAUUUUAAAAGAAAAUUUAUAAAUUUAAUAAUAAAAUUUGCUCCUUUCUUCGUAAAAUUCUAACUAAUCUUAUUCAACUCAAGCAAGUAAUGAAACAAUUUAAAACUCAAUCUAAAUGCUAAAACAGAAAAGUGAUUAUAUUUUUACAAACUCAUCAGCUGAUUACUAAAAUAGCAUGUUUUCUGAAGGCGGACUUCAGUAAAAGACUUCUAAAGAAAACUAAACUUGGUAAAAUAGUCAUUUAAGUUUGUAAUAAAGCACUUCAAAUAUGAAAAAACAAUUAUUACCUGUAGCGGGUAAAUAGAUUAAUGUUUAAAGUGAGUUUAUUCGUGAACUAUAUAUAAUGGAAACAGUUAAUUGUGAGUAUAUGCCUAAAUUACUGAAUUAUGAUGUAGAUAACUAAAUAUUGUUUAUGGAGUUAGGAUUAUGCAAUUUGUAUGAUUUAAAAAUUGACAGCAUUUAAAAUGAAUAUGAUUUUACUGAUGAAUUCACUUAUUCAAUUCUCAUAAAUCUUAUUCAAGCUGUAGAAAGCUUAUUAAAAAAUUAUAAUUAGAAAGAAAAAAAAUAACAACCAUUAUUUCAUAGUGAUAUCAAGCCUUAAAAUAUUAUGCUUACUGUAAAAAAAUCUGAAGAUUAAUUAUUGAAUACUUAGCUAAUUUUAAUAGAUUAUGGAGGUGCUUCCUUUUAGCUUGAUGAUUAUUGGUCUUAUUAUACACCAGCCUUCGUUUGCAACCAACUUUGGCAAAAGCUUGUAAACUCUAAGAAUAACUGGGAGUAUUUAACUUGGCCUUAAGUAAGAUAUGCUGAAAUAUAUGCUGCUUGCAGAUCUGUUUAGUUUUUGCUUAUAGAAAGUUUAGAAUCCAAUUUGUUUAAGAAAGAAAAUACAGGAAAAUUUAUAGAAAAAUACAGUCAAAGCUAUCCAAAAACUUGUAGGAUAUUAGAAAAUGUGCUUAUAAAAAAUAAAAGUUUUUUGAUUUUCAGCGAUUACAGAGAUAUUUUAUAUGAGGAUGAAAUAUCUGAAUGUAGUAAAUUAAAUCAUUAUCCCAUUUACUUUGACUAAUCUAAGUUGUUUUAAAUUUCUAAAUUUUAUAAAAUAAUUAAUUAAAAAUGA